ACGCGACAUCUUGGAUUGGCGACUCGGCGGCGGGGACACUAACAAAUCUCGUGUCCUGCUUUACUCACAUUACGGCGAGCUAACCGAAAAGGGGAGAAGCAUCAAGACCAAGACCAAGACCAAGAUCAAGAUCAAGAUGGGUGGCGUCUUGGAUUCCACGCGGCGGUUCCUCUCGGGGGACAAGGACGGGUCUAAGUCGAAACCGCCUUACUUCCUCGCCGUCCGGUCCUCGACGACUCUGAUCGUGUUCACUGUGGUCAUGGCCAUAUUCACCGACAUCUUCUUCUACGCGCUCAUCAUCCCCGUCAUACCCUUCUCGCUCACCGUGCAGGUCGGCAUCCCGGAAGAGGAGGUGCAGUCGUGGACCUCUAUCCUACUAGCCUGCUAUAGCGUGGCCCUGUUCGUCGGCAGCCCGCUCGCCGGCGUCUACGCCGACCACACCUCGUCGCGGCGGUGGCCCCUGCUCCUCGGCCUCAUCGCCCUCGCCGCGUCGACCUUGCUGCUGUGCCUCGGCAACUCCAUCGCCCUCCUCAUCGUCGGCCGCAUCCUGCAGGGGCUGAGCGCCGCCGUCGUGUGGACCGUCGGCUGCGCGCUCCUCAUCGACACCAUGGCGAGCGCUACCGGCAUCGCCAUGGGCUACGUCGGCAUCGGGACGAGCGUCGGCCUGCUCAUCGCGCCUGUCAUCGGAGGCGCGGUCUACGCUGCCGCCGGCUACUACGCCGUCUACUACGUCGCCUUCGGCGUCAUCUUCCUCGACAUCUUGCUGCGGCUCUUCAUGAUCGAGAAGAAGGUCGCGCGGCAGUGGCUCGAUGACAAUCGCAGUUCCGAUCUCUUGGCGGCGGGUGAGUCGUUCGACGUUGAAGCAUCGGCGGCGGCGGCGGUUACCAUUACUCCUUCGCCUGCCUCGGAACCGAAGGACGGCGAUGAGAAAUCCGCUGCGGCGAGCGCGCCGCCGCAGGAAAGCAAGACAAAGGAGCGUAUCGAGGCGCCGAGCGUGAUAGUUCAGGAACCGGCGGAACCGCAGGUUGUGGUCGAGCAACCUGACAUGCGUCGCCUCCUCAUGUUUUUCCUAAAAUCGCCACGGCUCCUGGCCGCUUUAUACGGUCUUUUCGCGCAGGCCGGUAUCAUGAUGGGAUUCGACGCUGUGCUGGCCUUGUUCGUUCGGCGGAUGUUCCAAUGGGACUCCACGGCGGCUGGCAUCCUCUUCCUGUCGCUUUUUCUGCCGGGUUUCGUGUCGCCCCUCGUCGGCUGGGUCUCGGACCGGUAUGGCGCUAGGUGGCCGGCACUGUUCGGCUUUUGCCUCGCGAUCCCGCUGCUCGUAUGCCUGCGCUUCGUGACAGAGAAUCGCAUCGAGCACAAGAUCCUCCUCGGCUUCCUGCUCGCCCCGCUCGGCGUCGCCCUUGCCUUUUCCAACACCCCGCUCAUGGCCGAGAUCAGCUACGCCAUCGAGGAUAAGAUCGCCAUCCACCCUGGGUUCUUCGGCGAAAAGGGCGUCUACGGCCUCGGCUACGGCUUGUUCACGAUGGCCUUCGCUCUCGGGGGCGUCAUCGGCCCCCUGUGGGCCGGCUACGUCGUCGACGCUGCCGGAUGGGGGACCAUGACGUGGAGCAUCUCCAUCUGGGCGGCCACUGGCGCCGUCGUUAUCUUCUUCUGGUGCGGGCCUAAGCAGAGCCCACCUCCUACGAGCCUAGAUAAUGGAACCGGUUCGAACACUUCUAGACGUGGUAAAUGACGGGUAUUUAUGGUCUUGGAACGAAGACGCCCGGUUGAGAGUUACGCAUGUACAUUAGAAGGGGUACCACCACGUUAAGAUGGACUCCCCUGGUAGCCCCUAGGACUGUCGUCCCUCAG